AACCAGCUCCUCUCACAGAUCACACAAGUGAGGAAACUGUUGCUUCACCGAACCGUCACAACAGACAAUACGGCAAACAGUUCAGACAUUAAUUUAGCAGAUGAUAAACGUUAACAGGACCAUCGUUCGUAGGCGGCUCUUCUUCGGUUUGUUUACUCUGUAGUAGCAGAAAGGUUGAGAAUAAAGUGAGAAAGAUGGACUUACUUUUCUGGUGAGGACGACUGAAGCCUACAAACUAGGGGAGAGAGAGAGAGAGAGAGAGAGAGAGAGAGAGAGAGAGAGAGAGAGAGAGAGAGAGAGAGAGAGAGAGAGAGGACUUGUCCAGGCGAGCCUGAGGGAAUCAGAGAGAAGGACCGGAGCAGCAGGAUUUACUCUCCGAAUCACAGGGCUAAAGGAGGACAAUAGUGAUGUCUAAGGCAGCUGCUCUGGGAACCUAAAGGAUGGUUAGUGAACUGAAAAUGAAGACCCGUGGGGACUGAAACCCUGUAAGCCUGAAUUUACAUCCACAUUCCUGCAUCUUCCGUCCUUCUCUCUGCAAUCCAGAUACCACAGCAGAGGAAAUGGACAUGUAUCCUGGAUGUGAGAUUGGGGCAAAAAGUAACCAAAUUUAUUGAAUGGGCAUAAGAAAAACACUCGCUGGUAAAAAUCAGAAAGGAAAGACAAAGAAAACAGUGGUUUUUUUUGCACAGGAAGAAAAUGAAAAGCUAUUUCAGAGCUGCAGUGGACAUGGACUGUGCAGACACACAGCGCUUCUGUGAACCAGAGGAACUAAACGUAAAAAUAAUGGAAAGCUACACUGUUAUCAACUCUCCACAUCUAUAGAAAUACAUUACUGGCAGGCUACAACUUCCCAAAUCAGAAAUACACCUCCACAUCACACUGUGGGAUUGCCAUUAAAGGACAAACAUUUUGAGGCACGGAAUCGCUGCCCCCAAGUUUCUCAUUUCAUUCGUGAAUUAAUCCAACCAUAGGCUGUCGCUGAGAGUUACAGUUCCCCCUUUCUCUCACCCUAGUCCGCUCUUUUUCCCAGAGUUCAUUCUGGCCGGUCCAGUGACCUCUAAAGGAGAGGAGGACUUCCUCUCACUGGCGGCCUCCCGCCUUAGCCGCAGGAAGCGUGUCAUUGGCGCUGCAGUGGGUGUGGCCAUGGUGCUUGUACUUCUGGUUGCUAUCCCGCUGUUGGUUCACAGCACUAAGCUGGGUGGAGCCAGGGGUGGAGGGACACAUUAUGAAAUGCUUGGCAGUUGUAAGAUGGUGUGUGACUCCCUCACGCCCACAAACGAACUCACGCCCGUUUCUCCGCCUCCACAAGACAUCCCAGGACGCAGAGGGGGAGGGAGGUCUGGUUUCCGCGGUAACCCGGGACUCCCAGGGCCACCAGGUCCACGAGGGCCCCCGGGAGAGCCAGGCAAACCGGGUCCCCCUGGUCCCCCAGGUCCGGGCCCAGGAGGAUAUGUCCCUUCAUUCUACAGCCCCAAAAUAGCCUUCUAUGCUGGCCUGCGCAAGCAGCAUGAAGGCAGUGAAAUUCUCAAGUUUGAUGAUGUGGUGACCAACGUGGGGAAUUAUUAUGAGCCCACUACAGGCAAGUUCACCUGUCCUCUGCCUGGAAUCUACUACUUCACCUACCACGUCCUCAUGCGGGGAGGGGAUGGAACCAGCAUGUGGGCAGAUCUCAAAAAGAAUGGACAGGUGAGGGCAAGUGCCAUUGCUCAGGAUGCAGACCAGAAUUACGACUACGCCUCCAACAGUGUGAUCCUGCACUUAGACGUGGGGGAUGAGGUGUGUGUGCAGCUGGACGGAGGAAAGGUGCAUGGAGGAAACACCAACAAAUACAGCACCUUCAGUGGAUUUCUCAUCUACCCUGACUAACACACACACACACGUCUUCUGUAUGAAUUAUGAAACACAGAUGCAACUACAAGCUAAAAAGUCAAGAGCACAUUUGUCUGACUUCAGAAUGCUAUCACUGAUAUGGUAUAUAUGUUCUGAUAAUUAUCAGUCUUACUUUAUAGUUCCUGCCAAGUUCCAAAAACAACACACACACACACACACACACACACAUAUAUAUAAAUACACAAACUGCCCUAAAGGAAUUUGUAUGAAUUACAUUGUUAAUGAGGCUGUAGAGUGAUAGUAUUGACAGAAUGUCACUAAUUCUACUUACAUAAACCACCUCAGUCCACACACACACACACACACACACACGCACACACAGAGGUCUCCACAGUUCAAUGCACACAUCGACAGGCUGGGUUUCAGCAGUGUUUAAAGGAAUAAUCUAGUGUUUUUCAGCCUAAUUUCCAUCUGCUGUGUAUGUAGUGUACGGUCAAUUACCACAGACAAUAAUGUUCCUCUGCUUAGUUGUACAACUGAAAACACUUAUCUUGGGCAUUAAGCACAUGCCAAUUGGCUUCUCUAAUAAGCAUGUGACCUUUCUGUUUAUGUGUUUAGGUUUAAAGACAGGGACAGUAGUAAUAAACCAUAUACUAUGUGGUAUUGUACUGAAAACAUCUCAGAACAACCUGAAAUUUUGGGCUAAAUGUGGGUGGGAACAUAGACUAACUUGGGUAAGACAAGCGUAAAUUUUCUAAACCAAUCCAGCUCCCCCCAUGCUUAUUUGCUGCAGAUUUCCUGACACUUCAGCGCCAAAAGUUUAACAAGUUGUCCCCAGAUGUGUAUUUUCGAGAUGCGUUUGGUCCCACAAAACUACUGGCAGGACAUAAAAAUGUUGAAAAACGCUGGAGUAUUCCUUUAAAGCUGUUGAGUUGGCUUUCUGAUUCUUAUUUUCCCUUCUGUUCCUCACUCUUUGAUAUCACCUCCUUCUCUCUUCUCUCUAAAGGCUCAUAUCCUAUCAAACUUAGUAACACUGAGAAACCUCUCGCUCAAAUUGUGAAUAUAAGAUUCUGGUGACUGCUGAUGUCCUGCUUAUAUAAAACCAAACGGUAAAGAUUUCCAGUUCAUUAUCCACUGAAUGUUGAGCAUGAGCUAUUGUGUUUUAUUCCAGUUUCUGUCUUUCAGAGUCAAAGAAUGAUCUCUGUGUGGUAAGCAAAAAGUGUGGAAAAGCAUACCAGGUGUGCUUUUUCUAGAUUUUCACCUCACUGGACACUGAUUAAGCCUGACCUCGGACUAAAUUACACUGUAAACAGCAUGUCCUGUUAGUCUCUUUCUAGGCAUAAUCACAAACAAGGGAAAAUCUAAGCUCAAAUCUGAAGUCUGAGAGAUACUUCUGUACUGUAAGAGAUAUUCUUCAUAACUGUAUGUAUUUUAUAGCAUGAGAACGCACUAUAUUCUUUCCAGCUGUCUUCUUAAUAUGUACAUUAUAUUUACUUUGCUUUAUAAGUGAUGAACUCUGGACUAUAAAUCCACAGCAGUUCUCUGGUGUGUUAUAUUACAGGGAUAAAGAACUCAGUGUACAUUACAUAUUAAUGUGUAUGUGUGUGUGUGUGAGAGAGAGAUUAUGCCCCUAAACAGUCUGUAAUAUAAAACCUCCUGUAUGUGUCUGUGUUGCCUCAUUGUGGGAUUAAUGUACUAGUAUAAAGUGUGAAUUGAGCUUUUAAGGUGUAACUAGUAAUGGACUGAUUGUUGUCACAAUGCCUUGCAAUUCCAGAACUGUGUAGUUCUUUAUUGUAGAUAUAUAUUCUGCCAUCUUGAAGACGAUAUAUGAGAAUAAAAAUAACUUUCAAAGUCUCUGUGUCUGCUAUGAACCACCAGGUAGUUUUUUAUUUUCCAAACAUGGUGCCCACAUGCUAGAUAUGUCAAGAAAUUAAAAGCCUGAAAUGAAUAAAGUACUGUUCAAAAGUCAAA